AUGUCGUCCAUUGCUUCUCUCAUCGCCUCCAGGUCCAGCUUCGCCAGGUGCGGCCACGCUCUCCCCGCCGCCAUCUCUCAGACCCAGCACGCCGCGUCUCCGCUGCUCUCGGGGUUCGGAUCAGCGGCUCGCGCUUUCAGCUCAAGGCCUCUAUGGAAGGGAGCGUUCGUCGACGCGUUCCUGCAGAGAAUAAAGAAUAGCGGGGGGAGCCUGAACGGCAGGAAGAUCUGGUCUCGCCGGUCUUCGAUCCUGCCGGAGUUCGUCGGCUCCUCCGCGCUCAUCUACAACGGCAAGACCCACGUCCGCUGCAGGGUCACCGAAGGGAAGGUCGGCCAUAAGUUCGGGGAGUUUGCUUUUACGCGGAAACGGAGGCCCCAUCGCGCGAUUACGGCGAAGAAGGCCGGUGGUCAAGGAAAGGGGAGGAAGUAG